AUGCCACUGAAAUCAUCAUCUUCAAUACCACUAUCCUUGCCUUCUCCUUUACCCUCAGUGCCAGACACGAUUACUAAUGCUUCCCCUCCUCCAAUGUCUUACAUUACAUCCCAGGAGAUGAAGUGUAUUCUACAUUGGUUUGCAAGUUGGUCAGGUCCCCAGCGGGAACGUUUCUUACAGGACCUGGUGGCUAAGGCAGUGCCAGGAAAAUUACAGCCACUACUACAUGGUCUGGAGCAGCUUACUGUGUCUGGGGCAAGCCGACCACCUUGUAUCUUUGAGUGCCAGCUACGACUUUGGGAUCAGUGGUUUCGAGGUUGGGCCGAGCAGGAGCGCAAUGAAUUUGUCAGACUGCUGGAGGUCAGUGAGCCAGACUUCGUGGCAAAGUUUUACCAAGCUGUGGCUGCUACAGCUGGUAAGGACUAA